AGGGAAGGGAGUCCUAAUGGCGGAGAAUGUACGGUCGCCUUUUGACUACCGUGAGCCACCGACCCUCGACAGCGACGGGGAUGGGAGCAAACCGCCGCCGCCAAGGGGAUACUAUUUUUUACAAUCUUUUUUACAGGCGAGUGUGUGGGAGAAAAAGGAAGGGGACACCUGUGAAGGUGUGUGACCGAGUGUACGUAACAGAAGAUGAGGAGGAGGAGAGCAUGUCAGAACACAGCUACAGCCCAGGUGAGGGCCAGUACCCGGAGGGUGCAGAAGACCGUCUCCCUCCACCGGGCAGUCCCUACUACUUGCCCGAUCCCACUCAGCUCUGUGUGCCAGAGUUGGGGGAGGAGGGAGCGAGUGGUGUUCGGGGACCUGUCCUUUUCCAUCCACCACCCAACUGCCGGAUUAGAGAAGUCCACUGUGGGACCCAGGUGCGGUUGGUUGUCAUAGCAAUCCGAGACAUCGCCAAAGGGGAGGAGAUCACAGUGGACUACAGCCUGACGGACUGGGGAGAGAAUGCAAUGGAAGAAGAGGCUGGCCCCCACCCACUGUCCCUCUCAGUUUCCGAUUACCUUACCCCUUCCUGGUCAUUAUCACCCUCAUCCUCCCCACUCACCCACUCUGAGCCCAGUGACUCAGACCGUGAGGAGGAUGAAGAGGAGGAAGAUGAUGACGAUGACGACGAUGACGAAGAAGAGGAAAUUGAGGAAAUAAGGGGCCGAAUGCUUCGGCGACGCAAGAAACGCAAGCUGCCCGAAACGGCCGAUUCAGAGAAGAAAAGCGUGCCCACCUCCUCCAGAGCCCCUGGGCAUCCCUGCUCAUCCUUUUCCCACCCAGCACCUGUCGCACCCCCUGCCAGAUCCCAGUCCCAGCCCCCAGUCAGCGCCCUGACACCUCCGACCACCAACAUUAACAACAAUAUUAACAUAAACAUUGGAAGCUCCAGCGGUGCCACAGUGAGCCGGCGGCAGCACUGCCCAUACUGUGGCCGUCACUAUCGCUCUCUGGCUCGCCACCUGGAGAAGCACCACGCUAACCAGCCAGACGUCAGAACAGCCAUGGAGCAGGCACACCUGAACACACACAGCUCUUCAAAUGGCAGCGCCUCACACCCUCACCCAUCAUCGUCCUCAACCUCUGCCACUCGCAGUCAUUCCUUUGCUGUCCCUCAGCCCUCGGCGUCCAACCCUGCUCCCCCUCCCCUCUUCUCCAGGGAGAGGGAAUCGCCAGCUACACGCUCAAGUACAGGCGGCGUUUCCUUCUCUCUGUUGCUUUCGCCGCCUUCCUCUACUCAGCCUGCAGCCACCAAGAAGGGGCCCAGCUUACAACUGCCCACCUCAAAACGCCCCGCGCCCCCGCUGGUGUCCCAAGUUAAGAGUCCAUCACCACCUCCCCCAUCUGCUCCCAGAAGGGGUCGGAGGAUGAAGAAGGAAAAGCACGAAGAGCAGCAAAAGGUGGAGGUGGAGAGCUCAAGAAGUCAAGAGGAGCUGGUUCCACCUCCUACUCCAGAACCAGACAUAGAUCCAAACGAAGAUCUGGAGCUAAGUGGAGAAGGAGAAGAAGAUGCACCAGAGGAGAAGAAUGGCGAGAUUGUAAGCACACAGAGACACCACAUGUCUCCACUGCUCUCUUCCCUCUCCUGUUUGGUCGUCUACCUCCGCCGACAGCAGCACACCUCUUUCCUUUCUCUAACCCGUUCUCCUCACUCUGCUGAGUCCUGGCGCCUCCUCUGCCAUUCCAGCCUGUCCCUGCUCAUCCUUUACAACCGCCACAGGGAAUGUGAGGUGGCCAAGCUCACUAUCCAGGACUACCGCAACCGUAUCACCCCUCCGGCUAGCUCCAGCAACAGCCCCCCCUCUGGCAUGGAAGUCCUCCUGUCCCCCUUUGAGCGCCAGGUCCUCCGUAACCUUCCGCGGGCUAGUGUUUUGGGCAAGCGUGGUCGCAUCCAGCCACUUAUUCUCCCGCCACACUGUGAGUCCUGCCUGGAUCUACUCCUUCAAACCAGCCCCAAUGUGGGCGUGGACCCAGAGAGCCCAUAUGUCUUCUCGCGGCCCUAUCACUCUCCUGCCACACCGCUCCGGGGCACGGACCUUCUGAGAAACCUGGCACGAUCCAGCGGGGCCAAAAACCCUGGAGCAAUGACAGCGACGCGUGUACGGCGGCAGGUGGCAAUACUUACUCAACUGCUACUAUUAGAUGAAGGUGAGGGACAGCAUGCAGCCACCAAACAGCUGGAGGAGUUCCUUGAACGAGAGUACCAUGUGACCCAGAACUGCUCCACUAUCAUACGGGAUCCAGCACUGAUGGGUCGUGUGGGUCGUGUUGUCCUUUAUGGAGAGAAGGAGGGCGUGCUUUUCCGAGGGAUGAGCCUGCAGCACAUCUGCCUAGAGUUGGAUGUAAUGUCUGGCAACUCAGCUGACUCCUUAGAAGAUUCAGAGGCAGAGGAAGAAAAAGAGGAAGUUAAGGAGAAAGCUGAGCUGAUGGUGAAGAAGAAAGGACCAGGGCGACCGCCACGGAAGAAGAGAGCACCCAUUGCCUCUCCAGUUAACCCAUCAAUAGCCAAUGUUCAUAAGAGAAGAUGCAUUCCACCCAAAUCAGGGAAGCGUGGUGUACUUAAGCGCCCAUGGUCAGAAGCUGAGCGUGUAGCAGUGGAGACUCACCUAAAGAGGAACCUCAUAGAGCUGCGAGUCCCUGCGAAAGCAGACUGUGAGCGCUGCCUCGAACUCUGCCCUCUGCUGGUGAGCAACCAGCGAGACUGGAGGGCUAUCAAGUUCUAUGUUCACAACCGCAUCCAGCUGCUGAAGAAGCAAGGGAGGAGAGAAAGCGCUGCCUCGGUCUGCUAGGUCAAAUCAAAGCCACGGCACAGGACACCUACCAUAAUGUAUAAAGCACCAGCAAUCAUAACGAAGACAAAAGGUGGAGUGAAGCUUCUCUUUUUGGGUGCCGUACCUGAAGUUAGGUGCAUGCAAUGUCUCAUCACCCCGGUCAUCAGUGAGUUGUGUAGUAAUGAGUUACUCCCAUUAAGGAUCAGUCAUACUCCGUAUGGGGGAUGCCCAGUGUCUGUUCAAGAUGUACUUUUAAGCUGUUGGACAAGAUGUACGCACAAAUGUGAAUAUGAGUUCAAACAGUGACUUUUUUUUACGUCAUCCUUACUGGUGGAGAACAGCUGGAGAUAUAGGAGAGCGAAGGUGACAUGCAACAAAUGUCCCUGCAGUGAUGCCAAUCCACAGGGUUGCGGUAGAUGCUUUAGACCACCAGGACACUUUACAGUAAACAAUUCUUGGUCUAGUAUUUGAUUCCACUGAAGGCUAAUGACCAAACAUGAAUGUGUAAAGCUUUGGAAGAAGAAACCAAUGGUUCUGAUAUUUUGAAAUCACCACAGAUGGACUAUGUAUGUAUGUAUGUAUGUAUGUAUGUAUGUAUGUAUGUAUGUAUGUAUGUAUGUAUGAACUUGUAUAGUUUGUAUUUGAUAUUGACUGACAUUGUGCCCCCAACCCAUGGCGCCCAAUUGAUGAGCGUAUUAAAAAAGGAUUCUCCAUAGUCUCGGACCACUAUGCACCUGUGAAGUGCUUCUUGGAUACUUCUUAUAUCAUGGUCGUAGUCAGAUUACUGCAUAUCAAGGCACACCUACUUGAAUUUAUUGUGUAUCAGAAUUAAAAUAAUAAUUUCCGAAUCAAUUUAUGGUCUUAUCCAUAAUGUAAAUACUUCCUAAUCUAUGAAAAAAAAAUAUACACUAGUGAUGUAUUGUGUUAUGGUGUAUAUACUGUAAAUACUACCUGUACUUAUUAAAGUGUAUGACAUUU